GUCUCUCUGGACGUGAUGAUUAUUACAGACACGCACACAAACGCGGUGUGUAUACGUGCGGCAUCUACUUUCACUCAUAACUACGGUGUAAUCAGACUGAGUGUCAAGCUGCGCUGUAAACAACGACGUUCAUCUGUUAGUUCUUUGUUUUUUUCCCCUUGAACAUAUCACAUCAUCUCAGCUAUGACAGAUACGGAUUAUAAUUUUUUACUCGCUACGGAUUCAUACAAGAUCACACACUACAAGCAGUAUCCUCCAGACCUCAAUAAAGUCUAUUCGUACUUCGAGUGCCGGCACAAGAAAGGAGCUCAGUUCAACCAAGUGGUGUUUUUCGGCCUGCAGUAUCUCCUGAAGAAAUACAUCGCAGGCCGCGUCGUCACAGAGGAGAAGAUUCAGGAGGCGAAAGUGUUUUACCAGAUGCACUUCAAGCAGACAGUGUUUGACGAAGAAGGCUGGAGGAAACUGUUGGAGAGAUACGACGGCCGCCUCCCGAUCCGCAUCAAAGCCGUUCCCGAGGGGAAGAUCGUUCCCAGGGGAAACGUCCUGUUCACUGUAGAGAACACGGACCCCGACUUCUUCUGGCUCACCAAUUACAUUGAGACUAUGCUGGUCCAAAUGUGGUACCCCAUCACCGUGGCAACCAUCUCCCGGGAAUUCAAAAAGAUCCUCGCCAAACAUCUAAAGGCAACAUCAGGAAGCUUGGAAGGUCUGGAGUACAAACUGCAUGAUUUCGGUUACAGAGGAGUCUCCUCUCAGGAGUCAGCAGCGCUGGGAGGAGCCGCUCACUUGGUGAACUUUUCCAGCACGGACACAGUGGCCGGGGUCCUCAUGGCUCAGCGCUACUACAACUGCCCCAUGGCUGGUUUCUCCAUACCUGCUGCUGAGCACAGCACCAUCAUCUCCUGGGGCCGGAAUAGAGAGAAGGAGGCGUAUGAGUACCUGCUGGACCAGUUCCCCUCAGGCCCCAUGGCGGUGGUCAGCGACAGCUACGACAUCUUCAAGGCCUGCAAGCACAUCUGGGGAGACAAGCUAAAGGAUCGAGUGAUGGAGCGCAGUGAAGACUCGGCCCUCGUCAUCCGGCCCGACUCGGGAGACCCCACUGAGACGCUGCUGAAGGUGAUUAAGAUUUUAGAGGAGUGUUUUGGCUGUUCCCUGAACUCUGUAGGCUAUAAAGUGCUUCCAUCAUACGUGCGCAUCAUCCAGGGAGACGGGAUCGAUCUGAACUCGGUUGAGAAGAUCCUGAAGAAGCUCAGCGAUGAUGGCUGGAGUGCAGAGAACGUGUUCUUUGGCUGUGGAAGCGCCUUGCUGCAGAAGAUCAACAGAGACACACUGAACUGUGCCUUUAAAUGCAGCUACGUGGAGAGUAGCGGCAAAGGGAUGGAUGUGUACAAGCAGCCAGUGACGGACCCGUCUAAGGGAUCGAAGCGAGGUCGUCUGUCACUGAGGAGAAACUCGGACGGGUUUAUAGAGACGGUGGAACAAGGGGCAGGCAAACCAGAGGAGGACAUGCUUGUGACAGUAUUUGAGAACGGGACCAUCCUUAAGGAGUACUCUCUGGACGAAAUACGGAAGAACGCCCAGCUCUGGGAAGAGGACCUGAGCCCUGGGCAGCACAACCAGGACCACAGCAGCACACUGGACAUCCACCAGGAACACAUCAUGAACGGCAUGCACUAAUCACAACACCGCCCUCUCACCAACGGACCAAUACGUCCCCUCCUUCCCGUCAGACUCCAUCCACCCUUUUCCCUUUCACGCUCCACCCAAUUCCUCUUCUUGUUCCCUUUCCCAACAUCCCUUCGGUGUCUCUAUUACCAACCCAAACUAGGUUUAUCCUGCACGGAGUGACGGAUCACGAUGACGUUCGGGUUUUUAGAUCAUGUUGAUGUCACAUCAGGUUUUUACAUCUUUUAGAGUUACGCUGAAAUCUACCAAAACUUUUAAACAUCAGUUUGUGCAGUGGUGGAAAGAACUUCUGUCGACCUAGAACCUUUCGAAAGUUAGUAAGAAAUUAAGUCUUCUGUUUCUUCCCCUGAAUGCAGGAUGAUGAAGUGUAAAUAGAUCCAGUUAAUCAAAUUGUUCAGUAUUCUAUAUCUGCCUUUUCCACCACUGUCUAAUUUACACAAAAUGCCAAAUAUCGCUAUCGGUGCUUAUGAAUGUAGCACCGUUAGCAUAAUAACAGCAGGGCUUUGCUUUCACAUGGGUCUUUAGUGAUAAAUUUGAAAAGGAAAAAAGUGGAAGUAAGGAAGAAACAAAUCAUGUGACUGAAUCAUCUCCAGGACAUAAACAGUUUCCUUUACGUAGAGUUUUGUAAAUGAAUAAUUCAGACAAUACAGCCUAUGCGUUUGUGAUAGGAGCAGAACGAAAUAUACGCAAUAUGCAUUUCGAAUACGCAGGAAGCCGUACAUUCGCUUAGCUUACAAUCCCAUUUGUUCUUUGUCGGUUCUCGUUGAAGAAUUAUUAUUCUUAAAACAGUGACUCGUGGUGGCGUGCACAUAACGAAACCAAAUACUCGUGGGGGUCUCUGGAUCCCUUUGUCAUUAGUCGGGGGUUGCUAAGCAUCAAACAUGGCUAUGCUCAAAAUUUCAGAUGAUUAAUGCUGCAUAGAAACGUCUAUAAGGCCACAUAGGUCUACGAAUACGUUCGAUGCAGUUAAAACGCAUUCAUAAGGCGUUUAUGAAAAUGCACAGGGCCAGUGUCAAAGAAUCCCAGCUUUAUAUUCUAGACUGCAUCGUGUUGUAGAUAAUACACACAAUAAAAAUUCAGACCUGAACUCACCACCAAAAUUUUUUUUUUUUACAUUUGUCUUAAUUUUUGGAACUCACAAAGGACAUUUUUAUUUUAUUUUAUUUUUUUACAUUAAAUGUUUGUCCACAUUUUGUCCACAAAGGGCAUUUUCUUUAUUAAAAAAUAAAACAUUAAAUGUAACAUAUUUUAUUUAGGGUAUUGCAGCUCUUUUAAGCAACAUAAAGUACAUUAUUUACAGACAUAUAUUAUAUAUUUUUUAUAUUAUAGUAUAUUAUAUUUGAUUGUCUUUGUGAGUUCCGUCAUUUUCCCCGAAAUGCGAUUAUAACUACUGAUAGAGUUAAAAAACACUAACUAAUAAAUCGCUACAGCAGUAAGUAACUGACAGAAACAGUUAUUGUUUGAAACACUUGUAUGGCGUGUUGGUUUAACAGAGCGUAGUGCAUGAAGGACACUGUAAUGCAUUUUCAUAAAGAAACCCUGUGUAUAACGCCUUAUGAAUGCGUCAGGGCUUGUUAUGGACAUCUUCGUUGUUUAUAAUUUACUGAAUGUGGCCUGAUAAAAAGUAUUGCUGGACUUCUUCCUCACACUAAAUCAGUGUACUAAGAAUUUGUGUGUGUGUGUGUGUGUGUGUGUGUGUGUGUGUGUGUGUGUGUGUGUGUGUGUGUGUGUGUGUGUGUGUGUGUGUGUGUGUGAGAGUUUGUGUC